AUGUUGGACAACUUCCUUCUCAAGCACCUGUUCGACCCUGCCCACACCACUGUCUGUAACUAUAACGGCCCCUCAUAUUUUGUGUACCCGGAGCACUGUCGAACGGCCAAUCUCAUCGGCGCUGCGAGCGCAUUGGGUUCGCAUACGGUCCUGAAGGUGCGACCUUGGAACAUCGACACCAUUCUUGUAUCGGCACCUCCUAGAGUUUGCCACCCAGUCAAUACAAGCAGAGCGAUCCCACUUGUUGGGUCAUUGCUCGAGCUUUCUGAAGUCCCACGAGAGGUUGAACUCGCUUUCGUCCGCGACGAGAGCGUCAUCGUUGCAUGGUCCUGUCGCCCCGGCGCUUUGCUCGGUCUAAUUUACCUGGUAAAUCGUGUUGCGGAAGAUCUCCUGUAUCACACCCUUCACUCCUCUCGGCCACGAAUCUCUAUUCCUCCACCUUUUGAACAAAACCACUGGUCAUCCCUAGCAGAGUGCGAUGUUUCUGAUGCCUCCAUAUCCGUGAACCACUCGAAAUUGUCACACAUCUCCAACGGUAGAAACCAAAUCCACCUCUGUGACCUCCCCAAAGGCACGGCCACGUGCGAUGCCUCCGCUCAUUCAGCCAUAGGAGUACGUGUCGCCGAUGCGGAAUGCGACAAUCCUUUUACUUCUGGCUUUUCCUCCUUGGACACCGUGUUGCUAGGGGCGUGCAGUACAUUGGAACCGGAAGGACCAUUCCUCGCGAAUGCUCCAUGUCCAUUCCCUUUCAGCAUCCCUGCAUACGCGUCGUCCUCAUCCAGUGGUUCUCCCAGUCCGCUCUCGACACCGUCCACAUCUCCCUCUGCCGCGUCUAUUCCAUCCUCUUCUUCUUCUUCUUCAACGCCGCCGUUGUCUUCGAAUUAUUCUCUAGCAGAUGCGACGACAGCUUCCAGUCAGUGCCCCUUUGCCACCGUGUCUCUUGCAGAUAUUUGCCCACCGCCUUUCUACCUAUCUUUCCAACAUGUCGACGAGGUCCCUUGCGACUCGCCUGAGAGUGAUAUAACACCCGCAACGUGUGCGACGCCGGAGACUGGCAAGGCGGCGUCCACUGUUAUACCCUCGUUCCAGCCAGGGAAGCCAGCGAAGGAGCCGAAGCCUACUCCUUCCUCUUCGGGGGCGGCUUCGUCGAGCACUACCCGUCUCGUCAAGCAGCUGCCGCGCAAGGUAGCUAGCAGGUCCACUACCUCUCGCGCUCCUGCACCGCCUCCAAAAGCGCCCUCGCCCUCGAAAGCGCGUGUCGCGCGCGCCGCGCGUACAUCUCGGGCGGUGGCCAACACGUCCUUUGCAGGCCCGUCCGCCUCUACCUCCCAUUCGUCGACAAGCUCGCACACGCACACGAGAGCGCCUGCGCCUUCGCAGCCGCGCAAGUCGCCGCGGGUUGUUGGACAGAAGACAAAGCGCGACGCUGAGGAGGAGGAGAGCAGCCAGGAAGGGGACGAGCUCGACGAGGAUGAGGCGGAGGAUGUUGACAUGGACCUCAAUGAAGACGAAUACCAAGCGGAGGACGAUGACGACGACGAAGGAGAGGAUGAGGACGCUGAUGACGACGACUACUGCCAGACCUCGCGCCAGGCCCCCGCUAAACGCCGAAAAUGCACGACGUCGCACGAGGCCCCAGUGAAGAGACCCGCUCGGGGUGGCCGCAGAAAACGGGCGGUCGCCAAAGGGAAAUCAGGGACGUUUCAUUGCGCCCUUUGUCAUUGCGAGUUCACUCGGUCAACCGACACUAAACGCCAUAUCCAGUCGUGUUGCAAGGAUAGCCGUUCGUAUCCCUAUAAGUGCGGCUUUCUGUGUCCGUACCCUUGUGCACGGGAGGUCACGGUGGACGAGAUGAACUCGAAGUUGAAGGAAGCGGAGCAGAUGAAGAAAACGCAGGAGAACUUGACCUUCUUCUAUCAAUUUUCUGAAAAACUCGACGAGGACGGCAACGUGAAGUACGUUCAGCAGACCUGCUUCCUUCGCCAAGACGCAUGCAUGCGACAUAUGAGUUCUGUCCACGCUAGGGAUGGGUUGUACAAGCUGGGCGACAAGCCCGAACCCUUGAAGUCCGACCUACCAGUCCCAGAUGGGUGGGUUCUCUGA